AUGACUGAGCCCGACCAAGCCGUGGCCGGAACCCUGGACAAGGGCUCCCUGCAGGAUGAUGAUGAGCGAGCCAUCAAAGGCAAACAGCGUUUCCAUCGCCUGGGUUGGAAGCGCCUUACCAUCGUGCUGAUUGUCCAGUCUAUUGCAUUGGGUAGCUUGAGUCUGCCAGCUGCAUUCGAAACGCUGGGCAUGGUGGCUGGUGUCAUAUUGACCCUUGGAUUAGGGGUUAUCGCCAUCUACGCCAGCUACAUCCUCGGCCUUGUGAAGCUCAAGUAUCCGCAUCUGCCGCAUAUCGUAGACUUUGGCCGUCUGCUUAUGGGCAGCAUUGGCGACAAGGUCCUGGCGGUUGCUUUUGUCGCCCUCUUGACUAUGACCGUCGGCUCGCAUUGUUUGACGGGUAAACUGGCCCUAGCGACUAUCACAGGAAGCAACGUGUGCGCCCUCGCCUUCAGCGUGGUGUCUGCUGUCAUUCUCUUUGCCUUUGCUGUGCCUCCUACCUUUGCAGAUAUCUCUAUCCUGGGAUACAUCGACUUCGCCUCCAUCAUCGUGGCCAUUGGGAUCGUGAUGGUCUCCACGGGAAUUCAACAGUCCCAAAACGCGACCGCUGCGUCAGCCGCGUGGUCGGCUUGGCCAAAAAAGGACUUGACUCUCAGCGAGGCGUUUGUUGCCAUCUCCAAUAUCGCUUUUGCCUACGCCUUUGCCGGGGCGCAGCCAACCUUUAUGGACGAAAUGCACACCCCGACCGACUUUACCAAGUCUAUCACCCUGUUAGCCUGUACACAAAUGACCAUCUACACCGUUACAGGGGCUGUGAUCUACGCGUUUGUGGGACAAGGGGUUCAAUCCCCGGCGCUUCUAUCUGCCAGUCCUCUGAUUGCUAAAAUCGCCUUUGGUGUUGCCCUUCCUGUCAUCUACAUCUCGGGUGCCAUCAACGCCACCAUCGCCGCCCGUUUCAUGCACGGCCGUAUCUUUCAGAACCCCGCCGUGCGGUACGUUAACACUCCCAUGGGAUGGGCGACCUGGCUCGCAAUCGUGGCCUGCAUCAAUAUCAUUGGCUGGAUUGUCGCCGAGGCCAUUCCUUUCUUCUCCGAGCUCCUCUCGAUCUGUGGCUGUCUGCUGGUCUCGGGGUUUUCCUUUUACCUCCCUCCGUUGAUGUGGUUCUUUUUGCUCAAGGAGGGGGCCUGGUUUGAUCCGGCGAAUCUUCGGGCCGCGGUCUUCAAUUUGAUCGUAUUUGUGGUGGGAGUCACUAUACUUGGAUGUGGGAUGUAUGCAAGUGUGACCGAGGUGAUCGCUGCGUUUCGGACGGGUUCAAUCAAUCGUCCGUUUUCAUGCAGUACCUAG